GCGUGCCAUGGAGGAGCGCGUGGCGGAGCGGCUUCACGGCGCGCUGGGCCCGCUCGGCUUUGAGGUGCACGCCUUCAAGGUUGGAUGGUACAAUGCAGUUCUCCAGCCAGCCUUCCAUCUCCCCUACCCGGAUGACACGCUGGCUUUUGUUGUCCUCAGCACGCCUUCAAUGUUUGACAAAGCCCUUAAGCCUUUUGUGAACAAAGAACGGUUGAAAAUAAUCAGAGAUCCUGUGGAUCAGUGUGUGUCUCAUCAUUUAUCAAGUGUGAAGGAGAUAUUCCCUGACCAGAAAGUGGAUGUCAUUUUUGAUUACGAGAUACUGCCAAGCCGAAGGCCCAAGUUCUUGGCACAAACAGCUGCUCAUGUUGCUGGAGCUGCAUAUUACUACCAAAGGAAGGAUGUGAAGCUUGAUCCCUGGGGGGAGAAGAAGAUCUUUGGUGUAUGCAUCCAUCCCAAGUAUGGUGGUUGGUUUGCUAUCCGGGGUCUCCUGCUGUUCCCAGAUGUUCAGGUACCAUUCCUAGAACAGCCUGCUCCUGUCGACUGUGUGAGCACAGAGGAGAAAAGAACAGAGUUGCUGGAGUUGUUCAAUUUCCACUGGCAGGAUGGCCGCUACAGGGAUAUCAUUGAAGUGAAGGAAAGGUACUCCGAGGAGCAGAAAACCUACUUUUCCACUCCUCCAGCAGAAAGAUUCAGGCUGCUGGGGCUGACACGUUUCACAGAGUGAUGUGGUUCCAUGAAGGUGCUGGGCACAGGUGAAGUGUAACUCACCAGCACCUUUUCCAUACUGCUGAGGAGGAAGGCGUGCUGAUAGACUGAAACUGCAAGCGUUUUGUACAGCAUCUCAAUCCAAACUUCAGCUUCUCAGAUGGAGAGGAAGCACUGCAUCAUAGCACUUACGGCCUGGAGGGAGGUGGAAGCAGUCUGUUCCCUUGCUGAUGCUGAUUUUUGGGAAUCCCAUUUAGAUACCCGUUUGUCUGGCCGGGCAAAGUUGAGACACUCUGGUAAUGGGAAAACUCGUGCUGCUUGUUGCAAAAGUUAUGUUUUUUUCCUCAAGAAUGUCUUCUCCCAAUAGUUUUAUUUUAUGUAAGAGUAAAAAAGUUAUUUAUUGCUAUUGCAUCCUGAAAUAAUUCCUUUUGGUCUGAACUCAGGGCAGAUACUUUUCAGCUGUAUCCAGCAUUUCAUUGCCCUGUGCUGUAACUCUCUCUAGGGAAUACAUAUUCAGUCUUCAGAAGAACAAUUUUUCUGUGUUCCCUCACUUCUCAUGAAGCUGGCUUAUUUUAAACAAGAAAUCUUGUAACAUCUCCCUUCCUUAACCCCCAGAACAAAAUCCUCCAGAGACUGUUUCAUUGGUUUGCAUGGUCCUGUGCAGGAAGUGGGAGGGAGCAGAAGACAGCAAACAGCAGCAGCCUCCUUCUUCAGGGUAGUUGUGGAAGGCAAAGGGACAGAGUGAAGGUCACAGCUCAACUCUGACACAUUUCCUCUUCAUCCACGGUCAGCUUCUCAGAGCGAGGUGGAGGCUUUAGGUCAAUAAGAAGCACUCACUCAUUACACUGAGCAGCCUCCUAAAACCUUGGGGAAGAUGCUGCAUAAUGCCUGGCUUUUACAUUAAGAUAACUUACUGAAAAAGUCAAUUCUUGUUACCUUUUUCAAAGGUGGAUGAGAUUUCAAUUUAAAGUACUUUCCAGUGCCCUGGUAGUAAUACCACAGCUGCACUACUGUAGCUUCCUGUUGUACUUUCUAGAUGAAGGAGAUCAUAAAGUUGCACGCGUGUAAAAACCAUUACAUGCAGUGUUGUUGCACUCUGACAUAAGCAGAGAAAAAAACAGGGAACAAUUCAGCCACAAUUCACCUCCCUCACCUUGCUGGUUAAUACAUUUCCAGAGACAGUUUUUUUUCAGAUGACUGUUGUGUCAUUUAGGUUUGUUCAUAGGUCACAGCGGCAGGGGAGUGAGGAAUAAUUUACCUCAGAGCACUUUGAGGCUUACGCCUCGUUAAGAUAACAGAGGACGUUAAAAGAAUGUUUGAUGGAGGUUCUGUUACUUAACCCCAGCACAGCACUGCAGAGUGCUCAGCACCUUCUCCCUUUGGUACCAACGUGGUUAUGCAGAACUAAGCUCUUUAGCUUGUGUUGUGGCUCUUCAUCCCUCUUGGAGACCCAGGCACUAAGGCUGCCCACAUGAUAAGUCAAUGCUUGAUGGACUUUUUCAUAGUCCCUACAGUGAAUCAGCAAAAUCAAAACUUGGCAUAACCAGUCUGUUAGUCCUCUACACAGAGCAGCAGGCAUGUGAUCACUGGCUUUGUUCAGUGUUUGUUGUUACAGAAACAUGUUUGUUACUUUCCCUGCGUUGUUUGGCAGACAGCUGACAAUAUAAUUGUUUGUAAGUUAAACAAAAUAAUUAAAUUCAAUGGUUUAAAUUCUAUUCAUUACAGAUUUACUUCUGGUUGUAACGUGGGUUAACCUCCCCGAGGUUCUCUACUCAACUGGAAUUUAACAGGGACUGGAGCUGAUGGUUCACAAUAAUAGUGUAUAAAACACUGAUUCUCUUAGAAGGAUAAACAGUGAUGUUCUUAGAGGGACAAACAGUGAUUCUCUUAGAAGGAUAAAUAGAGAAUGGAAGUUGAUUUUUAGUUUUACAUAAUGGUUUGAAGAUAAAAAUUGUUUUUGGUUGAUUUCUUAAAAAUAUUUAAUAUUUUGUCUUAUUUCAUGCACUAAAAGGAUUACUGUAGCUAUUUCUUUGUAAUUUUUUUUUGUAAUUUAUUUCCCUCACACGGUGUUUUGGUUAAUAAAAUGUAUAAAGGUGCAAUAA